UUCCCGAUGUUCCCUCAGUGAACUUAUUUUCGGUUUCUUACCUUUCUCCUUGGCUUUCCAGGAUCAAUUGGCUUAGGAUACCAACCGGGAAGACCAACGAGCCUUGACACGCGCUCGUCCUAUACACCUUGAACUAUACGCCCCGCCAACAGCCAAGCUACCUACGCAGCAUCGGCGCAAGCACAGAACGCCAUGGCUUCGCAGCCCGACGCGCCAGCCGACAGCGGCGCGCAUACCAUCCCCUACGCUGACGACGACGAAGGCUUGCCCAACCCGUACGCCUCGUCCAACCGCUGGCGCCAUGCCGAGUCGAAAGCCUUCGCGAAGUACGAAAAGGCUCGCGGGGCCGGCAGCGCGCCUGUCGCGCGCGACGCCGAUGCCCGCGACGCCGGCGUCAGCGACCUGGCCGACUUCCUCAACAAGUCGCGCAUCGACCCGUCCGAAAUCCCCGCCGACCGUCGGCCCACGACUCCGCGCUUCAAGCCUGUCGUUGCCGGCGCGUCUGAGGCGAGGGCUGCCACGGCGGCCGUGACGACGGAAGACGGUGGUGUGCACGGGGACGGUGUUGAUGCUGAAAACGCCGGGCCUCCCCCCGCGCCCGACGGCAAGGAGGUCGUCUGCGGGCCGCUGCUGAACUACCGGCGGAUGGAGGGUGCGCAGUGGUUCGGGAGCGUGCUGGUCGUCACCAAGGGCGGCGGGAGGACACAGCCCGCUGUGCCGAUGCUGAAGUUGCGCCGGGCCGGCGAAGCGGACAGUGCCGGUGGUAAAACAGACGACAUCCAGGGCCUCUGCCUCUCCUCGGAUACGCGCAACACCUUCUGGCGGUUUGACCUGGUCGUUCAGAUGGAGGCCACCGAGACGAAGUGGGAGUACGAAGUCCCUGAUCUACGGCUGGCCAGCAGGACGAAGCCGCGGGUGAACAGCUUCUUCGUGCCGGCCGUCGACGAGUCCAUGAGGAUCAUGUUCCACUCGUGCAACGGCUUCAGCGUCGGCACGGACGAGGCGGCCUGGAGCGGCCCCGCGCUGUGGAACGAUGUCAUACGGCUGCACCAGGAGAGGCCUUUUCACGUCAUGAUUGGUGGCGGCGAUCAGAUCUACAACGACGGUAUCCGUGUUUCGGGUCCGCUCCGGCCGUGGUCGGACACCAAAAACCCAAAGAAGCGGAGGGAGCAUCCGUUCCCGGAAAGUCUUCGCCAGAAGUGCGAUGACUACUAUUUGAAGAACUACAUUCGUUGGUACUCCACGGAGCCGUUUGCGGCAGCCAACGGCCAGAUUCCCCAGUUGAACAUAUGGGACGACCACGAUAUAAUCGACGGGUUUGGGUCUUACGUGGACAAGUUCAUGAAAUGCGACGUCUUCCGGGGCAUCGGCGGCGUCGCUCACAAGUAUUACAUGCUGUUCCAGCACCACCUCCCGCCCCCCGGGUCCACCUACACGUCCGAUUCUGUUCCCGCCACGUCGGGUGAGGAAGGGCAGGGCGUUGACCCCAACCAGCUGAUGAACGCCUAUGUGCACCCGCCAAUCGAGGAACCCGGCUACAUCUAUGGCCCACAGGCCGGACCGUACGUUGCCGAGCAUUCUCACCACCUUUUUGCGCGGCUGGGCGCCAGGAUCGCCUUCUUGGGUAUUGACGCACGCACCGAGCGUACGAGACACCAGGUCAACUACCCCGAGACGUACAGAGCCAUCUUCGCCCGCCUGAAGCAAGAACUCACAAACGCCGCGAACUCGGGGCGGCCGUACAGGCAUCUAAUUCUCCUUUUGGGUAUUCCCAUUGCGUAUCCUCGCUUGACCUGGCUCGAAAACAUCUUCGCCAGCCCUGUGAUGGGCCCCAUGAAGUUCCUGAACCGCCGCAUGGGAUUCGGCGGCAGCUUCUUCAACUCGUUCGACGGCAGCGUCGACCUCCUGGACGAUCUGGACGACCACUAUACCGCGCACACGCACAAGAAGGAGCGGAACUGGCUUAUCGAGAAGCUGCAGGGCAUCUGCGCCGAGUUCUCGGUCCGGACCACCAUCCUGAGCGGCGACGUGCACCUGGCCGCGCUCGGCAGGUUCUACUCGAACCCGCGUCUCAACAUCCCCGUCGAGCAAGACUACCGCUACAUAGUCAAUGUCGUCUCGUCCGCUAUUGUCAACAAGCCGCCCCCGGCCGCCGUCGCGAACCUGCUGGCGCGCCGCAACAUCAUCCACCAUCUCAACCACGAGACGUCGGAAACCCUCCUCAAGCUGUUCGACAAAGAUCCCGGCAACAGCACCAAGACGGCCAAACACAAUUUCGUCACCAUGCCUAGUCGCAACUUUGCCAUGAUCACCGAGAACUCCCCCAAUCAUCACGCUGCAAACGGGACAAACGGGGUACCCCAUCAACAUCAUCAUCAUCAACCAACAGACCCCUCCUCAACACAUCCACCGGGUUCCUCGUCGUCGUCUUCGUCGUCCUCGUCAAACUCCCCACGAAACCAACGCAGAAACCCGGUCCACAAGAAAGACGGCCGGCUGCCGUUGCACGCGGGCGAAGAGCACUGCGGCACCAAGCACAAGGCCGCCUCGCCCGCGAGUCACGGCACCGGCACUGACGGCUCCCUCGACGUGUGCAUCUGCGUCGAGGUCGACCAGCACGACCCGGCCGGCCGCACAGAGGGCUACGGCCUGACCAUCCCCGCGCUCAACUACCAGGGGCCUCGGCCGCCUAGUCUGGAGAUGCUCCCGCACCGGCCGGCAAGCCACGGGUCUUCUGCCGGAGGGCGGACCCAGAGCCGGGGCAGUUCAACAGCUGGCAGGGGGUAACGGGAGUCUCGGCGAGGGUUGAUGAUCAUGAGGAUGAUGAGGAUAAUAAAGGUGUGAGAUGAGCCUACGUAUGUUAAUGUCGGGUUCGUGGAUAUACCUAGCAAGAUGUGUAAGGUUCAGGAACGACGUGGGAAGGGAGGAAACGAGGUUUGAGAGGGCUGACAACGGCGGAGGACAUGUGUAUACCACGUAUGGUUGACGGGCCUAGGUUCUGUUGAGUGAGUGUGAUGUAGAAUGGGAUGGAUGUGAGGGAUAAUCGGACGCGGCUGGGCAACGGUUGAUGUAAUCUAGAUACCCAGGUCGUUUUCCGGGUGGGAAGUUUUGACUGUCUAAUCAAUUGUAAUAGGUGUGUUGGUCAACGAAUUGGCCUCUUUCGGCGUCAGCAUACCCCCCCCCCC